CUUCUACUUCACAUGCAGCUUCAUCCGAUCAUCUGCCAGCAUUCAGUCUGGGGUAGCAAGCAGCAGCGUUUCCGCCACUGCAAGCUGCCUGCAAAGCUCACGGCAUCUCUUCUGGAACAAAUCAAGGCAUUGGAAGAGCAGUGCUUCCAGGCGGUUUCAGGCACAGGCGUACAGAACUUGACAGAGGAAGACCGCCAACAGCAAUCGAGCCGCUUUCUCAGUUUGCGGACCGAACUCCUACAGCCAGAAUACGAAGCCAAGAAUAUCCUGUGCGGACACCAUCGAAAGGAGGCUCAUUUGGCGCAGGCAGCACUGAAUCAGAUCGAAAAGGAAAAGGCAGCGGGCAUCUACCAGGAUCCAGAGGAACUCAGGCAGCUAGCGAAAGAGCAGCCUGUGAAUCCGAGUGACAUCCCAGAGGCGCUUCUUGCAGCACUUGAAAGAGUGUUUUCUAAUGAGCCGUCUGCUUGGAUCAAGCAAGUCCUGGACCAAUGGGACGGGCCGGACGAAUGGAAGGCGGGGCGAGGUGACCGUGAGGCGAACGAGAUAAGGGAGGUUGCGGUUGAGCACGAGUUUCCAUGUCAUGAAUCGUACGAAGGUCUUUUCGCGGAUGCAGGAGUAAAGAAGAAGAGGCAUUUGGCACAAGAAUCGCAAUUGAUCCAAGCGAUGGCCUCAAUGGGUCUCUUGAAGCCUGUCUUAGAGCCCCAGCAUUGCAACAUCGACAGCAGCAACAAAAUUGCCGAGGUAGCAGCAGAACCGAUGAACCACAUUAGGCGACCAGUAUUUGUGGAGUUUGGCGCCGGAACAGGAGGUCUGUCGAGACAUGUUCAGCUGGUUUUGGAGAGCGAGGUUUGCAAGCGUGCCGUCAUACCGUCUACAUCGUCCACGCCAUCAACCAGAAUCGAUCCCCAGUCGACAUGCACAUCUACAGCAGUUAUCUCCGCGGAGACCUCGAUCGAGCCAUUCAAUUUUGUGCUCCUGGACCGUCAAAGAUUCCGCUCCCGUAAUCAGGUCGAUUACAUGAUUCGGACACAGGCCCGUCCAGUCAAGCCCCGACUUUUGCGUAUCAUCAAGGACGUCCGAGACCUUACGCUUCAGAACUUGCAGUUCAUCCACGAAACGGAACCUGGGAUUGCUCGACCAGAAUGGACAGAAAGUGGUGGAGAAGUGGAUCCACAAGAGGCAUCGACGGCGAUUCCCACCCAUUACAUCUGCAUAUCAAAACACUUUUGUGGACCAGCAACAGAUCUCGCUCUUGCAUGGAUGCGAGAACAGAAGCAGCAAGGGCCGAAAGAGUCGUCUCAGCAGGAUUCGUAUUCGAUUUGCUUCGCGACAUGUUGUCAUGGGAUAUGUGAGCCAUCAUUGGUUGUGGCAAAGCCCUAUUUGUUGGAACUGUUGAGUGCGGCGGGGAUUAAGAAACGGAAGAGGGUAGAGAGUGAACAUGGACACGACCUUGGGGGCUCAAUACAAAAUAAUAGCCAGAGAGAGCAGGAACAGCAGGAAUGGCAAGUUUCUGAAGAGCAAUUAGACUCAUGGAUCCCUUGGAUUAUUAAGUUGACAGGAUGGGCAACGUUGGGAAAGCAAGAGGAAAGCUCUUUGGUUGCUAGGCCAGGAAAAGACUCACCAACAACAUCAGGCGCGAACGGCAACGGUGAAGACGUUAUGACGAGGGACCAAAGGCGAGUUCUGGGAAAGCGAUGCAAAAAGUUAUUGGAUAUGGCUCGAUGCAUGUAUUUGAUCCACGAAUGCGGGUUCAAGGAGGCCAGGGCGAUCGAGUACACAGCUGAAAGCGUUGAAAGCGGGGCAAUUGUCGGUACUAUGUAAUUAAAUCCCUCUAUAUAAUGCUAAGUACUUUUUAAUAUAUAUUCCCCUUCCG